AUGGCAUCCGCGUCACGACAACAACCGGGCCUCGCGUGUGAGGAAUGCCGCAAGAGGAAGCUACGAUGUGAUAGACAGCAGCCUCGAUGCGAUCAAUGCGAAGACUCUGGAGCUAUUUGUUACGUGAAUCAGGAUCGGUCUCCAAGAGGUCCUAAAAGAGGACAUUUGAAAGCUUUACGGAGUCGUAUUGAAUUCACCUUCUAUACACCCAAGUACCUAAUAGCUGUUCCAGCCACACUUGAAAGCCUUGUCAACCGCGACCAGGUCAGCCUUGACAUCAAUGCACAACACACAUCCAAGAGUGAAGUGGGUCAGUUUCCUACUCCGCCAGAGAGCUCUGUCGAUAGCACGAAGAGAGAGUGCCGUAGUGUUUCCCGUUCUGUGGAUGAAUCACCUCCAAACAUGUCCUUCGCGCCCACUACAGCCCCAGAAAUUGAGAUAUCUGAUAUAAUCGAGGCAGAUUUAGACCAGCUCUACUUUGAUAGAGUGCAUCCUGUCGCCCCCAUGCUACAUCAAGGUCGCUAUCUGACUUGGUCUCAACAAUGCUACAAAGCAGAACCCUAUUCCGGCUUGCAGGCUGCGAUGUGGGUACUAGCCGCAGCCGCAUCUGCACAUCUGCAGCAUAUGCGGGAGCCACUCUACCUCUGUGCACGCUCCAAGCUCGAAGCGUUGGAUAAUCAAAUCGACUGUGCAAGCUCUGCUUAUUUGCAGUCUGCACAAGGCUGGCUUCUACUGUCCCACUAUGAGUUCCGGUACAUGAACUACAGUCGAGCGUGGAUCACUGCCGGAAGAGCCUUUCGUAUCAUCCAACUGAUGAAGUUGCAUGAGAUUGACCGCUUCCACACAACGGCACUUGAUCUAGCAUUUACUGAGCCUUGGGCCGAGAUAGAGGAGAAAAGACGGACUUUCUGGCUGGCAUAUUGUCUAGAUCGAUUUCUUAAUAUCUCAGACCAAUGGCCUUUGACUCUACAUGAAGAGCCUCUUUGGAUAUUUCUUCCAGCCCCAGAAUCCGAUUUCCAACAUAGUAGACCUGUCCUCAUGGUAUCCAUGUCAGAUGCCAUUGAGACAUCGGGACAGAAGACGCUGCCACCUUUCGCUGAGGCAAUUGUCUUGACAACACUAUGCUGGCACAGUAUUAGCCUAAAGCAAACCCCACUUGUCAGCAAAGUACCCGGACUUGAUACUGGUAUUGACUUCUGGGAGCACCACAGACGACUCUACCAUAUAGCUCAGCAGCGGCUGAUGCUGCUGUCCCUACCACCAUGCUCGCCAGAACUUUUAGAUCCCAUGCGCCUAUUCACAAACAUGCUAGCAAAUUCAGCUAUCAUCUGGUUCUAUGGCAUGAUGGAAAUCCUAAGAGGAACAUCGAAUGAUCAAGCCAUCCUCGUCCCUCUUUACUCGGCGUACGAAAUAGCAAGCCUUGCAAAACCACUUAUUCGAUCUAGUUUCUUCACAGUGAGUAACCUAUUCCUUUUUAUUCUUGCUUCCGGGGCUUUGGUAGCUUGUCUCACAUCUCACGCACAUACAUUCUCCCCUAUGUUACUCUUUCUCUCCGCGAAGUUUCUCCGUACACAUGGAGAUCAACUGCGUACAAGUGGCACGGUGUCGGAGGAUAAAUAUGGUAGGCUGGGCGAGCUCAAAAGGGCUUUGCUGGUCUUACAAAAUGGGAAUAAUUUAGCAAUGAAUUAUUUGGAUCUCCUUGAGUUGGAUUGGUUCGAUGAGUGGAGUGAUUUUCCUUCUGUGCAGGGUAUUCUCUCAGGUGGCACAGAGCAGCAAGAGACACCAUGCGUCUUGGAUAUAAUGAAUCCUUUUUGA